AUUUUGAAGUUACGCUGUCUCAAAUUGGAAGGAAUUCAUUCUGGGAUAUUUCUUUUCACGAGAAAUGCGAGGAUGAGUUCUAUUUCCAGUGGAAACUGAGCUGGUCUGCGAGUUAUAUCUCAGUGAAGUCAGCCGUUACGUGA